CCUGCCCAGUGGCGUGUCGGUUGGUCCAGCCAAAUUUUUCCGGGCGGAAGGUCAAUCCCUGGGCCGCGGAGGGCUUCACAUGCGGGUUUCGUUGAAGUUUUUGUGGGGUUCUUAUAUUUGUCGUGGUUGUAGAGUGAAAGUGAUUCUGAGCAGUCUGGAACCUCAAAAAUGAUACGGGAAUGGUUUCAUGGCUCUGAAGGCAUGGUCCCACAACCCGGUUUGAAGCCAUAUAGAUGUAUGUAAAGCUAGUGGAGAAGUUUUUUGUGUUUUUACUCUGUGGCCAUGCGUUUUGACAUUUUUGGCAGACCAGGUACAUGAAGUACGUACUUGGGCUUUACAGUACAGCUGUGUAAUUGCUAGGGCCAGCACAUCUGCUUCAGUGAAACUGUGUGACUUGUUUGCUCCUGUGUUGUAUUGACGUAUGGAGCUAAUGAAAUCCCUGCUAAUCUUUUGCAGACUGUUAGUUUUCUGAGUUCUGAGUACUGAAUCAGACAAGUUAUAAUUUGGAAUUUCAUCUUUAGUUUCAUGUUAAGCCUUGGUUUGAACCAGCAAAUCCAGGGUUGUUUUCUUAGCCUAAACAGUGUUUUGGGUUUUUUUGACAUGUGAGUACCAACACAUCACCAUGUUAAAGGCUGCUGGCGUGGUAAUAUUUUAAAGCUAGAGAGAUUCUCUAGAAAGCUCAAUAGUUGAGAAUUACCAUUUUUGCCCCUCUUUAUUCCAGUUGAACUUAUAUCACAUAAGUGGAAGUGGCAUAUCAUCUUGGAAGAGUGCAGGAAGGCAAGAGCAAUGUAGGCAGUAUGUUCAUCUGAGUGCAAGUGUGCUUCUGCUUUACGAUUGUGGUCAUCUGCAGUGUCUUAAAAAAAAAAAAAAAAAGCUCUGUUUCAGGAGAUGUGCUGUGAUUUAAAAAGGAGGUUUUUGCUCCUCUAUGCAACACAAAAGGGGCAGGCAAAAGCCAUAGCUGAGGAAAUAUGGCAGCAGGCAGGCGCCCAUGGAUUUGAAGCUGAUAUGCACUGUAUGAGUGAAAUGGACAAGUAUAACCUGGAAACAGAAAAGGAUCCUGUAGUUAUUGUUAUUUCCACUACUGGUACUGGAGACCCACCAGACACUGCCUGCAAGUUUGUAAAGAAAAUUCACGACACGACCUUGCCACCUGAUCAUUUCGCACAUCUCCAGUAUGGAUUGCUAGGUCUGGGAGAUUCAGAGUAUACAUUCUUCUGUAAUGGUGGAAAGACAGUAGACCGACGACUUCAAGAACUUGGAGCCCGGCACUUCUACGACACAGGAUUAGCAGAUGAUUGUGUAGGUUUGGAAUUAGUGGUUGAUCCUUGGAUUGAUGGACUUUGGCGUGCUCUCAAGGAAGUAUUUCUAUUGCAGAAAGAAAAAGACGGCAUGAACAGUGUUGUCAAUGCUGUUUCAAGCUCUCUCUCUGCAGCCCCACAUGUUGUGCAUGAACUAAACUUAACCUCCAAAGUACAGAACUUGAAGCUAGAAGAUGAGGGAGUGAGGAGUUCUGAUGUUCUGUCACAGAAACUGGUUGACAUCAGUCUUGUGGAUUCAAGCAGAGACACUGAACCUUCACUUGUUCAUUCUGUCCCUCCUGUCUCUCAGUCUGCUCUUAAUAUUCCUGCCUUGCCACCAGAAUACAUAGAGGUGCAGUUUCAGGACACCCAUGGUGAGAAUCCACAUUUGUCCUCACUGGUUUCAGAGGGAACAACCUUUGAAGUGCCAGUUACAAAAGCAGUUCAGCUAACUAGAGAAGAUGCAAUAAAAACAGCAUUACUCUUAGAACUUGAUAUUGCAGAUACAGUCUUUGACUAUCAACCUGGAGAUGCCUUCUGUGUAAUGUGUCCCAACAAUGUCAGUGAGGUAGAAGAACUUCUUCACAUCUUGGGACUUUCUGAAAAAGGAGAGCACUUUGUCUGUGUAAAAGUUAAGCAGGGCACUAAAAAGAAAGGAGCAGCUCGUCCACAACACAUCCCUGAAAGAAGCACUCUGAAAUUCAUUCUAACCUGGUGUUUGGAAAUAAGAGCAAUUCCCAAAAAGGCAUUUUUGCGAGCUCUUGUAGAAUGUACGAGUGAUGUGGGAGAAAAACGGAGGCUUCAAGAGCUUUGCAGCAGACAAGGAGCCUCUGAUUACACACGCUUUAUUAGAGAUGCUAAUGUUUGUUUGCUGGAUUUACUCCACGCUUUUCCAGGCUGCAAGCCUUCGCUUAGCAUGUUAAUUGAACAUCUUCCUAAAUUACAAGCCAGAUCCUAUUCAGCAUCAAGUUCAAAUUUGUAUCAGCCAGGCAAACUGAGUUUUGUAUUUAGUAUCGUGGAGUUCACUGCCUGUCCCACUCGACCAGUCCCACGGAAAGGAGUAUGCACAGGGUGGCUUGCUGAGUUAGUUGCACCUCAGCUGCACACCAACAGAAACACUCUGGAUACAAAUGAAGGAACCUGUUCAACUGAAAAGAUAUCUAUUUUUGCUCGUCCAAACAAUGCUUUCCACUUACCUGCAGACCCAUCUGUCCCAUUCAUGAUGGUUGGUCCAGGAACAGGAAUUUCACCAUUUAUUGGUUUCCUACAGCAUAGGCAAAAGCUCAGAGAAGAACAUGCAGACUGGGAAUUUGGAGAGACAUGGCUGUUUUUUGGUUGUCGGCACCAGGAUCAAGACUAUUUGUUCAAAGAUGAGCUCAGAUGUUUUCUUGAAAAUGGCACGUUAAAUCAUCUUAAGGUUUGUUUCUCAAGAGACUCCUCUUCAACUGCAGAAGUAGCCCCACCUAAAUAUGUGCAAGAUGUCAUUAGGCUUCAUACUAAGGAAGUUGCCAGAGUCCUGCUCAAAGAGAGAGGUUACUUCUAUGUGUGUGGAGAUAAGAAGCACAUGGCUGAUGGUGUAAGUGAUGCUGUAGUGGACAUUUUAAGCAUGGAAAUGGAGACCGACAAAUUGGAAGCAAUGAAAAUCCUGGCGACGCUUCGAGAAGCAAAACGAUAUUUGCAGGAUGUGUGGAGCUAAAUAUUUAGCAUUUCCUAUGCUUUUGCAACACAAAAGAUUUUGUUUCACACAUGCUUUUGACUGAAAGUUAUUGUCAAAAGUGCUGUCUGUAGUCACCCAAAUCUUAAUUUUCUCCAUUGACCUUUCAGGCAGGAAGAGAAAACCUUUUAAACGACAGGAAACCAGGCUGCCUUUGGAGUUGUGUGGGGUUUUUUAACAAUAUUACAUCAUGGACUGUCUCAGUGCCUUGAUUCUCUCAUUUCAAUGUCAGAUUAAUGCAGAAAGUACACACUUCUGCACUUUUACAAGUAUAAUUGUAUGCUUACAUUAUAUCAUGGGGUUUUUUUCUAUAAUGUAUACAUAAAUAAGCUACAGAGUAAAUAUAUUACACACUGAUUUGUGCAUCAUCAAAUACAUUACUGACUUGCCAAGAUUGCCUCUGUAAACCCUUUUCUGCUCAACUUUGUGAAUAGAAUAGGAAAAGACUUUAAAACAAACAAAUAAAACACAAAAAAAAAAACCCAAAACCAAGCCCUUGGCUGAUAAACUUUGCUUUUUACCUCAAGGGAACAGGGCAAAGUCAAGUUGUGUGCUCUGCUUAUUGAACCUACUUCACGCAUAAGUCUUAUCCUGUUUUUGAUUGCUCCUGGGGAACAUGUAGUGUAUUUCUGACUGCAUAGGGUUUUUUGGAAGUUAAGCCCAAGGCUACUGUUUUUGGCUCAACUGCAUUCCAGUUUUACACUGGAAUUAGAAAUGGGGUCUGGAGGUCAGCUGAGGCCUGUCUGCACAUGUGUGUGUGCAUGAGGCAACUGGGGAGAGCAGGGAUUCAGGGCCAGCUACUGGGUGGACUGUGUGUCUAAGCCCAGCUACUGGUGGGAUCCACAGUGUAUGUGUUCGUUGUUGGAAUCCACUUUACUAUGAGGGUAGUGAGGCUGUGGAAAAGGUUGCCCAAAGAAGCUGUGGCUGCUCCAUCCCUGGUAAUGUUCAAGGCCAGGUUGGACAGGGCUUGAAGCAACCUGGUCUAGUGGAAGGUGUCCCUGACCAUGGCAGGGGGGUUGGAAAUAGGUGAUCUUUAAGGUCAAUUCCACCGAAAAUAGUCUAUGAUUCCAUGUAUGUAUGUAUAUAUUUCCCACCAGACCUUUAGUCUGGUCAGCUAGAGAGAGGGACAACUGGUUGGACUUGGGAUUACUCCCAGUUCAGGUGUGUAUGUGUAUAUUGGGGAAUGUCCUUGCCCUCAAAGAAUGCAGUUUUAAAUAAAAUCCCAAGCCCACAUUUGCCAAAAACUUGGUAGGUGUCUUGUUUGUUGUUUUUUUGGUUUUUUCUGGGUUUUCAUGCUUCAUCACCUGGUAUUUAGUGCAUCCAGCAUAACUGAAGAUGAGGCCACGUAUAUUUUUCUGCAUGUGAAGCCACACACAGAUUUUGAAGCAGAGGUCUUGUGCCUGCCCCCCUUGCCCUGACUGCCCAUGUGUAUCAGGAUAAACAGAAAUUCAGUGGAAGUCAUAAACCAUUUCUAACUCUUGUGACAUCCUUUUUACUCUCCAGCUACUCUCAGUGUAGCUGUAUGGCUGGUGAUUAACACAUCAGCUGCUGCCUCCAUCUCUCAAGCCAUUAUGAGCUGGUGGGUUAUAAUGCCUUUUUUCCCAAACCACUCUCUCUGUGCCAGUCAUGCUGGGUGUCUCAGCAGACAGCAUCAGACCUGGCAGUACCUCUUGUGCCUGUGAGCAGAUUCCAGUCCAGAGGUCUCUGAAGCCCAGGUUCUGCUUGGCUUGUACAGAGGAACAUGGUGAAAUCAGGUUGUGGGGUUUUGUUUGUUUGUUUGCUUAGGUUUUUUUGACAAGGUGUAUUUUUUAUUAUUCCCAUCGGCUGCAUCCGCUGUUGGGUGUUAGCUUCAGACACGUCCUGCUCUUAGGGAGACCUGUGGGAUGGAAGGAUUUUUCUCUUCCUUGCCCAACAGAAAUAUCCAUGCAGCAGCCUAUUUCUUCUGGAGGAAGUGUCUUUUUGUUACUAUUCCAAUAUAUUCAAUAAAAAAGAGAUUAAAUUUCUGCUUGUUCUUUGCAGUCAUUCAUAUUGCUGCAUAGGGCAGGACAUGCAUGGAAUGCCAAAGCUAGUGUCAUCUAUGCACAUUUUAUGUGGACUCUUACACUAACAGUAGCUUAUUGUGCUGUUGGCUGUUGUAAAUACUCUGAAACUCCAAAGCUUUUUUUGAAACCAUCCCUGUGAAUACUUCUCCAACAGUUAUAUUUUAUGUUGCCUAACAGCAAUUACUAUUACUAGGCAAAAAUGGGUUGUUACCUAAACCAUACUGAAAACACACACUGCAUGUUUUAACUAAAUGUUACCAUUUGCAUUACUAAUAGUACAUCCCAGAUGAUAGUGUUUCUGUUGAGGAUAGAAAUAUUUUGUGAAGUUCCAUAUCUUGGCUAAAGUAGUGUCCCUGCUGGAUAUGAUCUCGGAGGCCUAUACAUGAAGACUUUGGGCUUUUUAAAACCUUUGUCAACACCAUGCCGUAGAUAAUUUUAAAUAUAUCUGACUCAAAUCCUCUGCUUGAAUGGACAAAUUCAGAUGCAGCUGUAUAUGGUGCUGAAUUCCACUUAAAUAACCAUUUAUAGUCAGUCCAUUAUUCUGUAGGUGGUAUUUUUCUUAAAGAAGAAUAAAAGAACACUUACAGCAAACAGUUAUGAAAUGUCCUGUCUGAAGCUCAACUUUGAGCUUUGGAGAUCACAUGAAGUCAUAUGCUUGCAACUUUUAUAUUCUAUAAUGUAAAUAUGGUAUUCUCA